CAAAAAACUGCCAAACACAUGAGAAGUGUGUAAAGUUUAGUUAAUUAAACAAAAGUACAGAUUUAACUACGAAAAUAAACAUUAAAAUAUAUCAACCAAAUCAAAAAAUGGAUCAUAUCAAUGUAAUAUUUGAAAGAAUCGAAAGAUUUACAAAAAUUGGUGAUUCUGGGUUCAUACCAAUCUUGCUAAACAAUGAUGAAACAAGUAGUAAAGAUAAGUCUAUCAUUUUUAUCUCCACAAAGACUUUUCUUAAUAAAAUAUUUAAGGAAAUAGAUGAUUUAGCAUGUUACAUUAAAAAGGAUGAUACUGUGCUCAUAAGUGUGAAGAAUCAAAAGCUUUUGAGAACGUGUUUUCAGCUCAUUGUUUCCCUUGGCAUAUCACCAUGUUUGGUGCCUGGUCUGGGAAUCAGUUUAUCUAAAAGAUCUACACUAGCAGCCAUGUUAUCUGCUACUGAUUUAUCUGAUGAGCAAAAAUAUGAAUUACUUACCGAGUGUACAGAUUUCUUUGUAAGAAGUUAUUCUAUACCAGUUUUAAAGAAUAUAAUAAUCAGUUUUCAUUUAUCAGACUACUUAGCUGCAUUAAUACAGCUUUCCUUUGCUCCAUUGAAAAAGCCAGGAGUAUAUACUAAUUUCACAAUGACACAAGAAAUGUAUGAUAAAUUAAAUUUGGAUAAAAAGAAAUAUAUCAAAAUAUAUGAUAAUUUAGUGAGCAAUUGCUUUCAACCGAUACUUAUGAAGGAACUUUUAGUUUUACAAAAUGUAAAAGACAAGACACCUCCUGCAUUUGUUAGAAGAACAAUCACAAAAGAGUUGAGUCGUCGACUUAUAGCACAGGGAGGAUUGCUAAGUCUCAUCAGAUGUUUUAUGGAUAGUUUAGAAAUGGACUCGGGAAUAGAAUGGAAAAAAAUUGACAUAAUUUGCAAAUUAAUUGCAACAAAACAUGGUGACACUUGUGAAAACGAAUAUGUGCAAAACAUUUGCAACCAAUUAAAGCAAAUUCUUAUAUUAAAUAAUAAUAAAUACUUAACAACUGCAAUAGCCUGUCUAAUAACUUUAACAGAAAAAUAUCCGGAAUCAAUAGCAGUUAUUGCUUUAACAAAAGAUGUUUUUGACUCAUUUAAAUGUGAAAAUAUAUCUAAAUCAUAUAUACCAGGAACAAUAAUAUUUACAACACAACAAAUAGAACACAAAAUACAAACAUAUCAUUCAGCCUUAAGUUUGCCAAAUCAAGACAUUAUUAGAAAACUUUUAACUCCAAAUUUAUCUAUAUUAUUUCUUAUAGGUAUGAAAUGUACUAAUGAAGGAAUAAAAAAUAAAUUAAAUGAAAUUUUAACUAAAUGUAUGGAGAAAAUGGAUAAAAAUGAAAUACCUGUUUUACUGAAAUCAUUUUUAUUUGGUGAUACAACUUUAUCUAAAGUUACAGUUGAAGAAAUUCAAGCCGGUUUAAUAUUGAAAGCUAUGAAUAAUAUUUAUCCUCAAGAUGAUGCACUUUUUUAUUUUAUAGAAUUAUUUAAACAGAUAUCUGAUCACAAUUUUAUUCAAGCUGUAUUAGAAAUUUCUUUACAAAUGUUAAUUGAUUUUAGUGUAAAGAGAAACGGAAUAAAAAUAGAACCUCUUUUAGCACCAGAAGAUGAACCAAUUUUGCUAAAUGAUUUAGACAAACAAUACCUGAAUGUACUACAUUUAUUAUCUGUGAUAUCAGAAUCAUCAAAUAUAAAUGAAUGUUUGAAAAGAACACCUCAAAUUGUUUUCAACUUCAUAGAAUAUUUUCUUGAAGAAAAUAAAAAGUAUAGUGAAUGUGAAACCAUUGCUUUAAUUCUGUUGAACACAAUUUUACCAAACAUUGAUGAUUAUAGAUUAACUGUUAAAUUAAAAAAAAUUAUUCCAAUAUUAGAAAAAAUAUCUCAAGAUGAGUUAAACACUAAUAGUAUUUUAUCUAAGGAAGCAAUAUUACUUAUAAAUGGUGGUAGGAUUAAUAAAAAUUCAGCUUAUGAAAAAGCCGUGUCAAAUGCUUUUGACAAUUUAUUACCUACGAGAGGUCAUGGGAUUCUAGAACUAACAAAAUUAAUUAAUCAACAAGAUGCAGAAACAAUAUCCAAACGUCAUUUGGUUUUUUGUUUAUUUCAGGAACAAUUGAAAGAUGCAGAUUCAUACAUAUAUUUAGCUGCAAUAAACGGUAUCGCCGCGUUAGCUAUGCAUUGCACUGAAGAUGUACUAAAUGUGUUAUGCAAAGAAUUUCUUAACAUUUCCACUACAUUUGAAUGUAUCGAAACCAGAGAAAUGCAAGAUAAAAUUCAAGAGAUGAGAUUAAAAAUAGGUGAUAUAAUCGUAAAAGUAACUAAAAGACUUGGUGAUAUGAGUAUAGUUCAUAAAACAAUUUUAUUGAAUACAAUGUUGACGGCAUGUAGAGAUCACGAUCCGUUAAUUAGGGCAUCUGCAUUGUCCAACUUGGCUGAGAUAUCUUUGGUCCUGCACUAUAGGAUUGGCUCCAUCAUUUAUGAGGUUUUGUUGUGCAUUGGGAGCAUAAUAGAAACAGAUAAAGCUGUGGAAUGCAGGAGGGCCGCUGUUAUGGUCAUAUCAAGUUUACUCAAAGGCCUGGGGAAGGAAACUUUGAUUCAGCUGAAAGAACACUUACUUCCUUUAUACAGGAUGUUAAAUAAACUGUAUAAAGACCCGAACGAAGAUCAUGCUGUCAAACUUCACGCACAAACUGCUCUUGAAGAACUCAAUGAUAUUGUCUACCAGUUUUUACUCCCUAAUAUUGAUAUGAAAAAAGAAUUUUCGCUUUUAGAUGAAACAAAGGAAAUUAUUUACAAAUAAAUGUACUGUAUAUAU